GACACCGAAACCUCAGCAGCAGCCUCAAGCUCUCCAGGUUAUCAUGGCGAUAAGAGACACAUCUUCCCCUUGAGUCCCCUGGAGCAGCAACAAAGGAUUUCUCCCUCCGCUAUAUGAACACUUACACACACACACACACACACACACACACACACACACACACACCCUCCCAUGCAGCAGCGCCGAGACCUGCCGGAGUUUUAGCCCUCACUGGAGAAAGGACAUAGCGUGUGACCGUCAUGGCAGCGUCGGAGCUGUACACAAAGUGUGCUCGGGUGUGGAUCCCCGAUGCAGAGGAAGUGUGGAAGUCUGCUGAGCUGACCAAGGACUACAAAAAUGGGGACGCCUCCCUGCAGCUUAUGCUGGAGGAUGGAAAGAACAUUGAACACAAACUGGACCCCAAGACGAAGAACCUGCCUUACCUGCGAAACCCCGACAUCUUGGUGGGCGAGAAUGACCUCACAGCACUCAGCUACCUCCACGAGCCGGCCGUGCUGCACAACCUCAAAGUCCGCUUCAUCGACUCCAAGCUCAUCUACACUUACUGCGGAAUCGUUCUGGUGGCCAUCAACCCGUAUGAGACGCUGCCAAUCUACGGAACGGACAUCAUCAAUGCCUACAGCGGUCAGAACAUGGGAGACAUGGACCCACAUAUCUUCGCUGUGGCAGAGGAGGCUUAUAAACAGAUGGCUAGGGAUGAGAGGAACCAGUCGAUCAUUGUGAGCGGGGAGUCCGGAGCAGGAAAGACAGUAUCAGCCAAAUAUGCCAUGAGAUACUUUGCUACGGUCAGCGGCUCCACCAGCGAGGCCAACGUCGAGCAGAAAGUCUUGGCUUCCAACCCCAUCAUGGAGGCCAUUGGAAAUGCAAAGACCACCCGAAAUGACAACAGCAGUCGUUUUGGGAAAUACAUCGAGAUCGGCUUCGACAACCGCUACCGAAUCAUCGGCGCCAACAUGAGAACUUAUCUGCUGGAGAAAUCACGAGUGGUGUUUCAGGCUGACGAGGAAAGGAAUUAUCAUAUCUUCUAUCAGCUCUGCGCAUCAUCCCAUCUGCCUGAGUUCAAGACUCUAAAGCUGAGCAGUGCAAAUGACUUCUUGUACACCAAGCAGGGCCGCAGCCCCGUUAUCGACGGUGUGGACGACACCAAGGAGCUGUCCACCACUCGCAAUGCCUUCACAUUGCUCGGUAUUAAUGAGUCCUAUCAGAUGGGGUUGUUCCAGGUUUUGGCUGCUAUUCUUCAUCUGGGAAACGUGGAGAUAAAGGACAGAGACGCAGACAGCAGUGCCAUUCCUCCCAACAAUCGCCACCUAACAGCGUUCUGCGAGUUGGUAGGCGUGACCUACCAGGACAUGGCUCAGUGGCUGUGCCACAGGAAGCUGAAGACGGCCACAGAGACGUACAUCAAGACCCUCCCCCGCCUGCAGGCCACCAACGCCCGUGACGCGCUGUCCAAACAUAUCUACGCUAAGCUCUUCAACUGGAUUGUGGAGCACGUUAACAAAGCCCUAAUCACCAAUAUCAAACAGCACUCCUUCAUUGGGGUCCUCGACAUAUACGGGUUCGAGACAUUUGAGAUUAACAGCUUUGAGCAGUUCUGUAUCAACUACGCUAAUGAGAAACUCCAGCAACAGUUCAACAUGCAUGUGUUCAAGCUGGAACAGGAGGAGUACAUGAGGGAGCAGAUCCCCUGGACUCUGAUUGACUUCUACGACAAUCAGCCGUGCAUCAACCUCAUAGAAGCCAAGAUGGGCAUCCUGGACCUGCUGGAUGAGGAGUGCAAGAUGCCAAAAGGUUCGGAUGACUCGUGGGCUCAGAAACUCUACAACACCCAUUUAAAGACCUGCUCCCUGUUUGAGAAGCCCCGCAUGUCUAACCGCGCCUUCAUCAUCCAACAUUUUGCUGACAAGGUGGAGUACCAGUGUGACGGUUUCCUGGAGAAGAACAAGGACACAGUGAACGAGGAACAGAUCCAUGUGCUCAAGGCCAGCAAGUUUGACCUGCUGGUGGAGCUGUUCCAGGAUGAGGAGAAAGCCACCAGCCCCACUGGUCAGGUCCCCGGCACUGGAGGCCGGACCCGCCUCAGCAUCAAACCUGACAAGGGUCGAGAUAAGAGCAGCAAGGAGCACAAGAAGACUGUCGGCUGCCAGUUUCGUAACUCUCUGCAAAUGCUGAUGGAGACUUUGAACGCAACCACUCCACACUACGUUCGCUGCAUCAAACCUAAUGACUUCAAGUUGGCCUUCUCAUUUGACCCUAAACGUGCAGUGCAGCAGCUCAGAGCCUGUGGUGUCCUGGAAACCAUCCGCAUCUCUGCUGCUGGAUUCCCGUCCAGAUGGACGUACCAGGAGUUCUUCAGCCGUUACAGAGUGCUGAUGAAGCAGAAAGACGUGUUACCUGACAAGAAGCUGACUUGCAGAAAUGUUCUGGAGAUGCUGGUGCAGGACCACGAUAAAUACCAGUUUGGUAAGACCAAGAUCUUCUUCAGGGCUGGCCAGGUCGCCUACCUGGAGAAGUUGAGAGCGGAGAAGUUGCGAGCUGCCUGCAUUCGCAUCCAGAAAACCAUCCGCUGCUGGCUAGCACGCAAGAAGUAUCUGCGCAAGCGCAGCGCUGCCAUCACCAUCCAGAGGUUCACCAGAGGAUACCAGGCUCGCUGCUUGGCCAAGUUCAUGCGUCGCACGCAGGCGGCCACCAUCAUCCAGAAGUACCAGAGGAUGUGCGUGGAGAGGAAACGCUACAGGCAGAAGCAGGCUGCUGCCCUGGUCAUGCAGACGAUCCUCAGAGCUUACAUGGCCCGGCAGAAGUACCAGGCGUUACUGCGGGAGCACAAGGUGGUGAUCAUUCAGAAGCGCGUUCGUGGCUGGUUGGCUCGGUGCUGGUACAAGCGCUGCCUCGUCUCCAUCGUCUACCUGCAGUGCUGCAUUCGCAGGAUGAGGGCCAGACGCGAGCUAAAGAAGCUGAAGAUCGAGGCUCGCUCAGUGGAGCAUUUCAAGAAGCUCAACAAAGGCAUGGAGAACAAGAUCAUGCAGCUGCAGAGGAAAAUCGACGAGCAGACCAAGGACAACAGGUCAAUGCACGAGAAGCUAAACGGUCUGGAGACUUCAUACACAGUAGAGAGCGAGCGGAUGCGUGGCGAGCUGAACCGGCUGCGUGGGGUGGAGGAGGAUGCCAAGAACAAAGGCAGCCAGGUGACGUCGCUGCUGGAGGAGCUGGAGAAGCUGAGGAAGGAGCUGAGCUCCACACAGAAGGAGAAGAAGACCAUCGAAGACUGGGCGCAAACCUACAGGGACGAAAUGGAGAAAAUGGUCUCGGAGCUGAAGGAUCAGAAUGGCUCACUGAAGAAGGAGAAGGACGACUUGAACAGGUUGAUUCAGGAACAGAGUCAGCAGAUGACAGAGAAAAUGGCCCGUGCUAUAGCAGAGGAGACUCAGCAGCUGGAAACAGAUCUGAACGAGGAGCGAUCUCGCUACCAGAAUCUCCUGACAGAACACCUUCGCCUCGAGGAGAAAUACGACGACCUCAAAGAAGAGAUGGUUUCCUCGAACGUCUCCAAGCCUGGCCACAGGAGAACAGAUUCCACCCACAGCAGCAACGAAUCAGAGUACACCUGCAACUCAGAGUACGCCGAAUUGGAAGAAGGUUCCCGUGCCGCAGAAGAUGUCACACGAGGAAUCGACACCUCGCUGACCCUCAAGCUGCAGAAACGUCUCACAGAAUUGGAGCAAGAAAAGCAGUCGCUGCGCAACGAGCUGGAAAACAAAGAGGACCAGUUCCAGCGGGCUAGAGCCAGGGAUGAUGCAGAGUUUAAAAAGGCUCGUGGGGCAGAGCUGGAGUAUGAGUCCCUGAAACGUCAGGAGCUGGAGUCAGAAAACAAGAAGCUGAAACAUAACCUGGCAGAGAUUAGGCAAAGCCUGCUGGGUAACGCAGCUACAAACGCCGGGGCCCCGGGCUCCCCUGCUUACAAGGUGCUCUUGGAGCAGCUCAACUCCUCCUGCGAAGAGCUGGAGGUCCGCAAGGAGGAGGUGCUGAUCCUGCGCUCCCAGCUGGUCAGUCAGAAGGAAGCCAUGCACCACAAGGAGACCAUGACUGAGCCUUCUGUCUUCGUUGAGGACGUGUCCAAACUGAAGGACGCUGAUGAACUCAAACAAGCUUACAUAGGCCUCAAAGACACCAACAGAUCUCCUAGGUUCAUGCGUAAGCCGUUGGAAGUCAAUGAUCUCCUGAGUAGGCUGAGAUCUGCCGCUCCAGACUUCCAUAAGCUGAAUGAGGACGGAGAGCUGUGGCUGGUUAAUCAGGGCUUAAAGGAAACCAUCAGGUUACUGGAGCACCAGCUGCAGACUCAGAGGAGAAGUUACGAUAACGAGGUGGAGUCGUUGCGCGGCGAGCUGCAAAAUGUCAAGGAGGAGAAUAACCGUCAGCAGCAGCUCUUGGCCCAAAACCUCCAGCUGCCCCCAGAGGCCCGAAUCGAAGCCAGUCUGCAACACGAGAUUACCCGACUCACCAACGAGAACCUGGAGCUCCUGGCUGAAGACCCCACGGCAUCGCAAGAGACUCGAGUCAUCAUUUUACGACGGAUGGUUGAUCUAAUGGAGCAGCUGGAGAAGCAGGACCGAACUAUCCGCAAGCUCAAGAAGCAGCUGAAGGUUUACUCCAAGAGGAUCGGAGAGAUGGGAGCGGGUCAAACGGAGGGACAGACGUCUCCAGGACAGAUGGUGGACGAGCCGAUACACCCUGUCAACAUUCCCCGCAGGGAGAAAGAUUUCCAAGGGAUGCUGGAGUACAAGAAGGAGGAUGAGCUCAAACUGGUCAAGAACCUGAUCCUUGAGCUGAAGCCUCGCGGUGUAGCUGUGAAUCUGAUCCCAGGUCUGCCAGCCUACAUCCUGUUUAUGUGUCUAAGACAUGCAGACUACGUCAACGAUGACCAGAAGGUCCGCACCCUGCUCACUUCAACCAUCAACAGUAUUAAGAAGAUCCUAAAGAAACGAGGAGACGACUUUGAGACGGUCUCCUUCUGGCUGGCUAACACCUGUCGCUUCUUACACUGUCUGAAACAAUACAGCGGAGACGAGGCCUUCAUGAAGCACAACACGUCGAGGCAGAAUGAACACUGUCUGUCCAACUUCGACCUGGCAGAGUACAGACAGGUGAUCAGUGACCUGGCCAUCCAGAUCUACCAGCAGCUGAUCAAAUGCAUGGAGAACAUCCUCCAGCCCAUGAUAGUCUCUGGCAUGCUGGAACACGAGACCAUCCAGGGCGUGUCGGGGGUGAAGCCCACAGGUCUCCGUAAGCGGACAUCCAGUAUCGCUGACGAGGGCACCUACACCCUGGACUCCAUCCUGCGGCAGCUCAGCGCCUUCCACUCCACCAUGUGCCAGCACGGCACCGAUCCCGAGCUCAUCAAGCAGGUGGUGAAGCAGCAGUUCUACAUCAUCGGAGCCGUCACCCUCAACAACCUGCUGCUACGCAAGGACAUGUGCUCCUGGAGCAAAGGCAUGCAGAUCAGGUACAAUGUGAGCCAGCUGGAGGAGUGGCUCAGAGACAAAGGUCUGAUGAUAUGUGGAGCCAAGGAAACUCUGGAGCCUCUGAUCCAGGCCGCUCAGCUGCUGCAGGUGAAGAAAAAGACUGACGAGGACGCUGAGGCCAUCUGCUCCAUGUGCCAGGCCCUCACCACUGCUCAGAUUGUGAAGGUCCUGAACCUCUACACUCCAGUCAACGAGUUUGAGGAGAGAGUGUCGGUUGCAUUCAUACGAACCAUACAGACUCGUUUGCGAGACCGGUGUGAGAGUCCCCAGUUACUGAUGGACACGAAGAUGAUUUACCCGGUCACCUUCCCGUUCAACCCUUCCUCCCUCGCCCUGGAAACCAUCCAGAUCCCAGGCUCGCUCAACCUUGCGUUCCUCACCCGUGUCUAAACUGAGGCCCCCCACAGGACAGCUCUGAGCCCUGCUGCAAUUCUGACAUAGUGGCCACAGUUGGAAUUGCAAGUCACAUGACACUCACUGGCCCAAAAAGACUUUUAGCCAUAUAAAACCAUCACAAGAGAAAUAAAAACAUUUGGAGCGUCACAAACGCUCCAAAAUUAGGAUUUGUAUUCACACAAUUUGAGCAAUUAUGUCUAAAAAAUUGUCUGAAAAGGCGCAAAGAGCUUCAAAACAUGGUUUCCAGUUCUCUUAAAUGCAAAAUUGAACACACAAACCCCACCACAUGCUGAACUUUCAACAUGCAUCUGUACAAUACUUACAUCCUCUGAACACACACAUGCACGCCUACACUCACGUGCACUUUCUCUCUUACAAAACGCACAAUAAUACACGACACAUACGGUCGCCGCCGCUGGUUUAAAUCUGGCUGUAAAGCGCCCUCGUCCAUCCACUGCUUGUAUAAACGCCUGCCUCUUAGAGAAGCCACAGGACCAGAUCAACGCCUCCAAUCUCCUUCGAUACCGGGGUCUGUCUUAGUGGUCUUGACCCUGUUUACCCCGGCCCCCUCCUCUGUGUCCCAACUAGCUGUUAAGAUAGUUCUUGUCAUCGUCUCGUUCUCCGGUGAGAAUGUAUGUACCUAUACACGGGAGCGGGCCCAAAAGGAGGUGUCGAGGCCUCAUACAGAGUAACAACUCGAUAAGUCGUAGUCUUGGUAUGUUGGGUCUCUGAGUCCCAGUACAAAGCCAGCUGAGUGAUACCAUGCUAACGUUAGCUCUCUCCACCUGGACCAGACUUUGUUCUGUAUGUCGUCAUUUUACUCUCUGAACACAGUCAAGCCAAGACAGAAAUCAUCGUCUGUACUAUAUUAUUUAUACAUAUAUAAAUAUGAAUAAUAUAUAUCAUGUAUUUUAUUUAUUGCAUUCACCUCCGUCCCCACCUUCCCUUUUUAGAGUAGAAGCUUUCUCCCUGCAGAAAAAUGUGUCUGACAUAUGAAGGAUGGGACCAUCAUUUCCCAGGAUAAACAGCUUUGUAAGGAGUCGUAGGCUAUUUAUGUCGAUAUCAGGUAAAUGAUGUAGUCUAGUUAAAGGAGAGCUGGCGCAGAUGAUUAUUUGUUAGGUCACGUCUUAACUUAACUUAGAGAUGUCGAGCUUUAUCGUGUUUAUCCUGCAUUUCUGGCAGAUGAAGUGUAGCACGGGUUUAACUGAGGAGAGAUUUAGAAGGUGUGAGGUUUAAGCUCUGUCAAGGGUUUGACCUGCUGCGAUCUAUACUGUUUACAGCUGUGACCAGAGCUGCGCGUCACAACAAACACUGGCAUAAAGAUUUAAUCACACACACAACAUAACUCUCUGCUUACUGCUGUAUCAUCAGGAGUUUAUACUCCUGGCAGUUUCCUCUCUCGGCUCGUCUUCUCUGGUCACAGCUCUAGUCAGAGCUUUGAAACUGUUUUACUAUGAUCAAUGUGGAACUAUUUAUUUCAGUAUUGUUUAUUUUCUAAAGUAUCAAGGUGAUGUAUAUCGUGAAGCCAUGAACCACUGAGCAGAAUGGAUAGAAAAACUUACUCUGAAGUUGGUUUUGGGAGUUUGUGUCAAAUCUGUCCAGCUUUACAACAGUGCUUUCUGCUUUAAUCCCACACUAAGGCACCGUGUCCACAGAAGUGUUUUUUCCUGAGACCAAUGUAUAUUUGAAAUUCUUACAAUGGGAGCGCCGCGUAUUGAUGCUAGGCUACAAACACCAGAAAUGUGACAAAGCGCUGAGCGUCUAUUCUGCACUAAGAGCUGCAUGUUUAGUUUAUUUCUGAGCGCUGAAAGUUGGAAAAUGUUUAACUUUGGAUAAAACGCUGCGCUCAUUACUGUCACUUUUUACCCACAGUUGCAGAGGGACAAAUACCACAAAGACCAUCGGUCACAUCUUACAUGUGCAAGUGCCGAACAACAACAAUGGAGGAGAAAUAUAUAUGUUUCAGCCCUCCCUUUAUACAGAGUGAAUACUCUACCCUGCACUGGCGUUUCUACUUCCGCAGAUAUUCAGAAUCUUAGCAACCACACAGAACCAAAGUGUCUCAGCCAAAAAAUGCUGUGCCUCCAAAGCACUCUCAAGCGCUACCAGCAUUUCCUUAGUAGCACCUGACAUUUUCAGCUUGAGGGGGAAAAAACACUUUGGUGGAGACAGGGCCUAACUGCAGCUUUGGGGACUGAUUCCUCUCCCACAUGUCCACCCUAUGCCUUCCUGUUAAGUGGCCAAGAAAGCACAACAUGGGCCUUUAUUACCAAAAACAACAGAAUAUGUGGAGCUGUUAGCGAUUGUUUCCACAUCUCACUUGCACCACAGGUUUAACUUUACGGCUACUGACAUGAAAGAUAUUUUUGUCUUUUCUGUUUGGUGCACGGCUAGUUUCGGAUCAGACAUGCGGACAUAUUUGGUACUUGCUUUCAAAGGCUGAGGGUGAUUCUGCAGCACACCUGUUAUUCAGUCAGUCUGGCUACAGUGUGGUAUGGUAACUGUGCAGCAUGCUCCGCUGCUGUUGCUGCUGCUGCUGAUGCUGAUGCCCUCAUCUAACCUGCAUGGGCUUGGCUUUACCAGCAUUACCAGUAACCAGAAAUGAACCAGCAUGCUAUUUUUGUUUGUUUUUUACCAAGAAACCUAGGUGUAGCCAAGAGUCGUGGGACAAGCGUCAGGGAAUCUGCCCGUGUUGUUUCAAGAUGUCUGUGUUAAUGUCGUCCUCGCUGCCUCAUGUUUAGCACUUUUGCCCGUUUACUUUUGUGCCAUUAGUAUUAUCAGUCAACCAGAUUUGCCUCUGACCCUCAUGUGAACCUUAUUUUUGCGGAACAACCUUACCCUUUCACAAAGAUAUUUCACUUUCACAGCGUUUUUUUAAGGUGCUUAUUUAAAUAGGAGAUUAUGAAUGGUCACCAAGACUGGAUUCAGUACCCUUUUUUUAUUUAAUGUUUUGUUUCGUCCAAAACCAACCAACCCAGGAAGCAUAGAUCAGAGAUCAUUUUGCAGUACUGAGAUGUCAGAGGCUCCAGUAAAGAUGCAGUAUGUGAAAUCAAAAUGUUUUUAUCUCAUGAAAUGCCAUAUGAAGCAGGCCGCUCUCACUCUGACAGAAACAAGCGACAGACAAAAGCAAAUUGUAAGUGGAGUAAAGAGAAGUUAGUAUGUGAAGUUGUUUUGUGUUGCACCUGUGUUUGAGAAUAAUUCUAUAUCCAUAAGCUCUCAUCGGGACCACGUGUUAAUCAAGCUGCCUUUUGUUAUAUCGUUUGGAUUCAUAGGUAGUUUAUGGUUUAUGUAAAGAGUACAUAUCUGUGACGGCGAAAAGGACAAUAAAUGAAGGAAUAUAAUUAACCAUAUGAAUGUUUCAAAUUGUUAAUGAAGUGUAUCAUGAUCUAGCUGCACAUUGUUGGACAAAGCCUUAUCUGAAUCAUCUGAAUGACUGAAACACAUGAUCGACAUUGUGGCAUUGUUUUGUUCUGUCAGCGUAGGUUUUUUUUUUUCCCACUGUAAAAUGAAUAUAAAUUGUUAAAUGUAAUUAUUUUUAAUUUGGUAAGGUGUCCUUUUGUCUUGCAGUUGGUGUCACAGAUGGGUUGCACUGUUAGCCAUCAGUCCAAAUGCACUUUUUAGACAUUUCUGAGGAAGUCAGAUUAAAGAUAGAUGGAUGAAAAACACUUCUUCCUUUUAGCUUCUACCACCUUUUUACUGAACUGCAGCCCAUCAAGCUUCCUCCACCACAUUCCCUGUGUGCGUGGGGCGCCUCACUCAGUGAUUUUUCUCGCUGUUUUAUUAAAACUAUCAAUUAAUGCAAGACACAAAUAAGAAGACCGAUAACUUUCAUGGAUUCAGCAGCAGCAGCCUUCUCACACUGAUGGAUGGAGAGUGUGAAGGCUGGCCUAGUUUUAAAGGAGAAAACGUUCAUUAAUGGUUGGUAUUGUUGAGCAGAGCCGCUGCGUCUUGUUCCCCUGGGCUUCUCUUGGGCUCUCACACAGGAGAAAGUGUCAUUCCUUCACUCUGUGUUUUUACAUUAAGGAGAGAGUUGGUUGUAUGAUACGACGUAGACAUUAUAAAUGACCAUUGUUCUUAUCAGCACUAGCGUUGAUUGUGCCAUUUAAAGAAAUUGUUCAAAACAGAAGAUAUAUCAUCACCCUCAGCUGUUGUGGUACUGGUGUGAACAUGCUGACGCCAGUACCAAAUGUUUCCUCUCUGACCCAUGUGUACAUUUGACAAACUGGACUGUUUGUAGUUUCUGGUAGCUGUGCUUAGUGAAUGUGUUCACCGUUAAGAAACUAAGAAACUUGGAAUAAAUUGUCAAAUCUGUAAAAGUAAAAUAAAAGAAUUCAGCACUG